AGAAAAUACACAGAACAAAACAAAACAUAUUGCCCAACUGAUCCUCUCCGGACCUUCUCCAACCAUUCUUCUUCGUCUUCUUCCUUAAUUUUUCCUGCAAUAAUUCGUUGUUUAAUUAUAAUUUUUUUAUUUUUUUUUGGUGAUUUGGUUUCUUCAUAUGAAAAACCAGAACGUGGACCUUUUUGAUCCACGCACGGUGAUGGACUCGGAUUCCUCUCCUGCCGAUCACCACGGGUCGGGCUCCGAAUCCGACUUCGCGUUCGCCUUCAACGACAGCAAUUUCUCCGACCGGAUCCUAAGGAUUGAGGUCCUGCCUGACUUGCCGGACUCCAAAUCCGACGGCGAGGGCUGCAGCAGCAUCGUUGAUUGGGCCCGCAAACGCAAGCGCCGCCGAGAAGAAAUCAUGAAGGAGAAUGCUGUGGAUGUCGUCUCGCAUUGUGAGGAGCAGGUCUUGAACUGCAACAUGUUGGAUACCGAAGAUGGCCCUGUAUAUGAGAAUCUAGAUGAGGAAGCUGUAGCAAUGGUCGAGGAAACACCAUCUGGCACUGGAGAUAUGGCAGAUCACCCUGAUGAGGAAGCUGCUGAGGGCAAUGACUCAUCAUCAAAUAUGGACUGUUCGAAUGUCCUUAGAGUUAAAACCAUACACAUUAGUUCUCCAAUCUUGGCAGCAAAGAGUCCAUUCUUUUAUAAGUUGUUCUCUAAUGGAAUGAGAGAGUCUGAGCAGCGGCAUGUUACUUUACGGAUCCAUGCCUCUGAAGAAGCUGCCCUCAUGGACCUGUUGAGUUUUAUGUAUAGCAAUACUUUAUCAACAACAACUCCUUCUGCAUUGCUUGAUGUGCUGAUGGCUGCUGAUAAAUUUGAGGUUGCAUCAUGCAUGAGAUACUGCAGCAGAUUACUGCGAGAUCUACCCAUGACUUGUGAAUCAGCCUUGCUCUAUUUGGACCUUCCUUCUAGUGUUUUAAUGGCUGAAGCAGUUCAGCCUCUAACUGAUGCAGCUAAGAAGUUUCUUGCUGCUCGUUUCAAGGAUAUAACCAAGUUCCAAGAGGAGGUACUGAACUUGCCUCUUGCAGGAAUUGAGGCAAUUCUGUCUAGUGAUGACCUUCAAAUUGCUUCAGAGGAUGCUGUCUAUGACUUUGUAUUGAAGUGGGCCCGAAUCCAUUACCCAAAGUUGGAGGAAAGGCGUGAAAUAUUAGGCUCACGUCUUUGUCGCCUCAUUAGGUUCCCAUUCAUGACAUGCAGAAAGCUGAAGAAAGUUCUAAGUUGCAAUGACUUCGAUCCUGAACUUGCCUCAAAAGUCGUACUCGAGGCUCUCUUUUUCAAAGCUGAAGCACCAUAUCGGCAACGUUCCUUAGCUGCUGACGAAGCCAACAUCUCAUUCCGUCGCUUUGUGGAGCGGGCAUACAAGUACAGACCAGUAAAAGUUGUCGAGUUUGAGUUGCCUCGUCCACAGUGUAUCGUUUACCUAGAUUUAAAACGGGAAGAAUGCUUGAAUCUGUUUCCUGCUGGUAGAGUAUAUUCACAGGCCUUCCAUUUAGGCGGGCAGGGAUUCUUUCUGUCAGCCCAUUGCAACAUGGAUCAACAGAGUUCAUUCCACUGCUUUGGUCUUUUCUUGGGCAUGCAAGAGAAAGGAUCGGUAUCAUUUGCAGUCGACUAUGAGUUUGCGGCUAGGACUAAGCCAACCGAGGAAUACGUGAGCAAGUAUAAGGGGAACUACACGUUCACUGGUGGGAAGGCCGUUGGCUAUAGGAACCUGUUUGGUAUACCUUGGACUGCAUUUGUUGGUGACGAUAGCCAUUACUUCAUGAACGGAAUUCUUCAUCUUCGGGCCGAGCUGACCAUCCGAUAAUGCCUUGUCUGACAGCAAGCGCUAUUUCUUUCAGUUCAGACAGGGCUUUGCACAACGGGUAAAUGUUUAUUGUAAACCCCAGUUAGCAUUGUAACUGGUUAGAGUGAAGCAUGCUGUAGUUUCGGGUGUCCUUUAAAUAUACAUAUAUGUCAUGUGUAUGCUGCAUUUAAUGUAUGUAUUUUUCACAUGUCAUAAUGCAUCCUUGACACUUUAAUUCAGCAUUUCCACUUCUUUCAAA